AUGACUCAUGACUCUGCCCUUCCCAAGAUUGUUACUGUGUUCGGAGCUACCGGCUCUCAAGGUGGCUCGGUAGUCCGCUCACUGGUUCAAAACAAAGCCUUCAAGGUCACUGCCAUCACCCGAAAACCAUACUCCAAGGCUGCUCAAGAGCUGCGUAACUUGGGAGUUGAGGUUGUUCAAGCAGAUGGAUGGAAGAGGGAGGAAAUCACCGCAGCCUUUGCUGGCUCGUGGGCUGCAUUUGUGAACACCAACUCUGAGGAUCCGCAAUUCUUAGACAAAAAUGGCCCCAACGAGUUAGACCUUGGGAAAACCAUCAUUGAUGGGAUCGUGGAGGCAAACACGGUGAAGCACCUUGUAUAUAGCUCGGCUGUUUCCACUUCCGCCUUCACUGGUGGAAAGGUCCAUGCCAACGCAGCUGAGAUGAAAUCUAAAAUUGAGAAAUACGCUAUGGACACCGGGUUCUUUGAGACUGUCUGUCCCGUGUUCGCAGGGUUCUACAUGGAGCUUUUCGCCAGUAAGGAGAUGGCGCCAGUAUUUGGAGGGUUUCCCUAUUUCUCGGACGAGGAAGGAUUUUUAACUCUCAGUACUCCACGAUGGGGCACUGAAACCGACAUGCCUGUUGGUUGGAUCGCUGUGAAAGAAGACUUCGGUGACAUUGUACAUGGGGUAUUGUUGGCCCCUGAGAAGUAUCACAAGAAAAUCGUCCCAGCAUUGAGCGAUCCUAGCUCAUUCCCAGAGGUAGCACGUACCUUCCAAUCUGUGACUGGGAAGAAGACACGAUAUGUCAUUCAGCCUUCUUGGGAAACAUUCGGGGGUGGUAUCCCUGAGCUCGAGGAUCAACGGAGGCUAUUCCAUUUUGGUCAUCUGUCAAAUGCAAAGUACUUUGCGAAUGAGCCCACAACCGCAGCAGUCUCUGCGCAUCUGAAAGCCAAGGCCUUUGAGGCGAUGGAAAAGGACCCCAGGGAAGCUAAGCUUCUUUCAUUAAAGGAGUGGUUUCAGAACACCAUGCACGUUGGGAAGUAA